ACCGUUUGUCCAGAGCUGGGUUCAAGGGAACCCAGUAUCCAUGGCUUUGGAAAACUCAAGUAUUCAUUUUACAGCUCAAAAAAAGGUGGAGAAUGCUGGAGGAGACCUUAAGGAUGGUUGCCACCACUAUGAAGGAGCUGUCGUCAUUCUGGAUGCUGGUGCUCAGUAUGGGAAAGUUAUAGACCGGAGAGUGAGGGAAUUGUUCGUGCAGUCUGAAAUCUUCCCCUUGGAGACACCAGCAUUUGCCAUAAAGGAACAAGGAUUCCGUGCCAUUAUCAUCUCUGGAGGACCUAAUUCCGUCUAUGCAGAAGAUGCACCCUGGUUUGAUCCAGCAAUAUUCACCAUUGGCAAGCCUGUUCUUGGAAUUUGCUAUGGCAUGCAGAUGAUGAAUAAGGUUUUUGGAGGUACUGUGCAUAAGAAAAGCGUCCGAGAAGACGGUGUUUUCAACAUCAGUGUGGAUAAUACAUGCUCAUUAUUCAGGGGCCUCCAGAAGGAAGAAAUUGUUUUGCUUACACAUGGAGAUAGUGUAGACAAAGUAGCUGAUGGAUUCAAGGUUGUGGCACGUUCUGGGAACAUCAUAGCAGGUAUAGCAAAUGAAUCUAAAAAAUUAUAUGGAGCACAGUUCCAUCCUGAAGUUGGCCUUACAGAAAAUGGGAAAGUGAUUCUGAAGAAUUUCCUUUAUGAUAUCGCUGGUUGCAGUGGGACCUUUACUGUGCAGAACAGAGAACUUGAAUGUAUUCGAGAGAUCAAAGAGAGAGUAGGCACAUCAAAAGUUUUGGUUUUACUCAGUGGUGGUGUAGAUUCUACAGUUUGUACAGCUUUGCUAAAUCGUGCUUUGAACCAAGAUCAGGUCAUUGCUGUGCACAUCGAUAAUGGCUUUAUGAGAAAACGAGAAAGCCAGUCUGUGGAAGAGGCCCUCAAAAAGCUUGGAAUUCAGGUCAAAGUGAUAAAUGCUGCUCAUUCUUUCUACAAUGGAACAACAACGCUACCAAUAUCAGAUGAAGACAGGACUCCACGAAAAAGAAUUAGCAAAACAUUAAAUAUGACUACAAGUCCUGAGGAGAAAAGAAAAAUCAUUGGGGAUACUUUUGUUAAGAUUGCCAAUGAAGUAAUUGGAGAAAUGAACCUGAAACCAGAAGAGGUUUUCCUUGCCCAAGGUACAUUACGGCCUGAUCUAAUUGAAAGCGCUUCCCUUGUUGCAAGUGGCAAAGCUGACCUCAUCAAAACGCAUCACAAUGACACAGAGCUUAUCAGAAAGUUGAGAGAAGAGGGAAAAGUAAUAGAACCUCUGAAAGAUUUUCAUAAAGAUGAAGUGAGAAUUUUAGGCAGAGAACUUGGACUUCCAGAAGAGUUAGUUUCCAGACAUCCAUUUCCAGGUCCUGGCUUGGCGAUUAGAGUAAUAUGUGCUGAAGAACCUUACAUUUGUAAGGACUUUCCUGAAACCAAUAAUAUUUUAAAAAUAGUAGCUGAUUUUUCUGCAAGUGUUAAGAAGCCACAUACACUAUUACAAAGAGUCAAAGCCUGUACAACAGACGAGGAUCAAGAAAAGCUGAUGCAAAUUACGAGCCUGCAUUCACUGAAUGCCUUCUUGCUGCCAAUUAAAACUGUAGGUGUGCAGGGUGACUGUCGUUCCUAUAGCUAUGUGUGUGGAAUCUCCAGUAAAGAUGAACCUGACUGGGAAUCUCUUAUUUUCCUGGCUAGGCUUAUACCUCGCAUGUGUCACAACAUUAACAGAGUUGUCUAUAUAUUUGGUCCACCAGUAAAAGAACCUCCUACCGACGUGACUCCCACCUUCUUGACAACAGGAGUGCUCAGUACUUUACGCCAAGCUGAUUUUGAGGCCCAUAACAUCCUCAGGGAGUCUGGGUAUGCUGGGAAAAUCAGCCAAAUGCCUGUGAUUUUGACCCCAUUACAUUUUGAUCGGGACCCACUUCAGAAGCAGCCUUCAUGCCAGAGAUCUGUAGUUAUUCGAACCUUUAUUACUAGUGACUUCAUGACUGGUAUACCUGCAACUCCUGGCAAUGAGAUCCCUGUAGAGGUGGUGUUAAAGAUGGUCACUGAGAUUAAGAAGAUUCCUGGUAUUUCUCGAAUUAUGUAUGACUUAACAUCAAAGCCCCCAGGAACUACUGAGUGGGAGUAAUAAACUUCUUAUGCUAUUAAA